UCCUUUCUGGGCUCCAGGCACUCGCCCCUGUCUUAACUACGCCCAUAUGACAUAAAAGGCAUCCAGUGUCAGGUCACGACGGCUUCCGCUUCUUCUCCGUGUAUUUAAAACUCAAAUACGGUACAGUUACAAAUUAGUUAAACAACCAAAAACGCCUAUAAGCUUAAAAUAGUUUGUUUACAAGUGCGAUUUCUGUAUAUUUGACGACGCUGCCCCGAGCAUUUCUGCUUUAUUUUAGUGGCUUCCUGAUAAAAAGAAAGACCAGUACCCAUCACAGACGAAGCCGGCAGUAUGAGAAAUUUUAGCCAAUAAGAGGCGAGAGUAGGCGGGUUUGAAACGCCUCAGCCAACGGAGGCGAGAGUAGGCGGGGUUCGGCUCUGCUCUGAGCUACACACAGAGAAUGGUUUGCUGGUACGAUAGUGCAGUAAUGCGAGCGUUAUUUCUGGAUACAACUUUUAUAAAUGUAUCAAAGGAUAACUACUUUUAAGACCGACGUGAAAGAAGAACGCUACCAUUUGCGACCCAGUUCAUCGUUAAUCGAGACACACUACUAAACAAAGAUGGAAUUGGUGCAGAUUAAAGAAGAGCAGCUCCCCCCAGUGGCACAAAGCAGCAUUGCCGAGGAUGUGUCAGAGCUGGGGUCCAUCUGUGUGAAGGAGGAGGCUCCUGAACUACUGAUCAAAGCAGAGAACAAAUCUGACUCAGAAAUCUGUGCAGAAUGUGGGAAAAACUAUCAGACUCGCCCGAGGGCUGGUAAUUCCCGGUGUUCGGUUUGCGAUCAGAAUUCCAAGGGGUCUGAAAUACCCAGACACCCAUCAGAGCCCACCCACACCUGCCCCGAGUGUGGCGCCAAAUUCAGCCACUCAAACUCUCUGAAGAGACACCAGCGAGUUCACACAGGAGAGAAACCGUAUCACUGCCCGGACUGCGGGGAGAGCUACGGCAGACUGGAGCACCUGAGAAACCAUCAGCGAGUUCAUACUGGGCAGGCUCAGUACCAGUGCUCCCAGUGCAAAAAGAGCUUCAGCCAACUGGGCAACCUGAAGCUCCAUCUGAGGAUCCAUACCGGGGAGAAAGCCUACCACUGUGCUGAGUGCGGGCAACUCUUUGCACAGCUGGGGGAUCUGAAGCAGCACAAGCUGAUUCACGCUGGGGGCGACACUGCGUACCAGUGUUCCCAGUGUGCGGCAGGCUUCUCCCAGUUCCAGGAGCUGAAAGAGCACCAGAGGGUCCACGCUAAAGGGGGUGCGGGUUUCGUUGAGCCCCCCGAGAGCUUGUUUAUCUGCGAGGAGUGUGGGGACAGCUUCACCCAGUCGGGGCAUCAUAAAACUCACCAGCGCAUUCACACAGGAGAGAAACCCUAUCACUGUCAGCAAUGUGGGCAGAGCUUCACUUAUUCCAAUCAGGUUAAUACUCAUCAGUGUGCUUAGUGGAAACUAACAUCACUGCUCUCUCCAACUUCAGAACUACAGCUCUCAUCAUCCCCCCUUGUUACUGGCAGUGCAGAGGCAUGAUUGGAGCUGUAGUUUCUGUUCUGAUUCUGCUUGCUGGAUGUUGUCCUUAUCAUUUUAGUGAGAGUUCUUCAGCUGUCUGUAUAUAGAACUAUUGCAGAGCAGUUGGAGGUUUUACAAUCCUAGUGAUUAAUUGCUGGGACAAACAUGGGUUUUUCAUGCUCCAAUAUUCUGUGAUAAUGUAAAACUUGCUGUAACAGGGGGUGUUUUCCACUCACGAUAGACAGGAGAGACACGAGGUUGUCUUUGCCAUGCCACUCAGACGUGCAGAUUUAUUUACAAGAUUUCAUGCAACUCUGGUUGCAGUUGCUGGUGGCCGCCACUAGGGAACCAGCAGUGGCAGCCUUAGUGCUAAAGGAUAUACACACAAGUGAAAAUGAAAAUAAGAAAUACAAAAUGUAAAUAAAACAUAGCUAACAAAAUAAAGUUGGCCUACUGGCAGCCGAGCUCUACCGCCAUUAAAAGGAGGAUCUCACUCCAGGAAUCUUUUCCCUGAUGCACUGAGAUAUCCUGGGGUGGGAUUAAAUAGGAAUCUUCUCCCUGACGCACUGAGAUAUCCUCGGGUGGGAUUAAAUAGGAAUCUUCUCCCUGACACACUGAGAUAUCCUCGGGUGAGAUUAAAUAGGAAUCUUCUCCCUGACACACUGAGAUAUCCUGGGAUGGGAUUAAAUCUCCUGAAGUAAUCUCUCGAAUUGCUGUUAACACAUACUGUGACCACUAGUAGUGCAUCCCUUUGACUGCUCCCCCUGGUUCCACACACUGGCGUGAGGAUCCUACAGCCAGACUCGCUUUGCACAGACAGUUUGUAGAACAAUGGAACUGGCUUUCCAGCCCCUUGUGAAAGGCAUGUGGCCAGGGUUCACUGAUAAUCAAUGAAUCCCUGGCCACAUUGCACACUUAUAAGAAACGGGAUCCCAACCCCAGCCCUUUCAUAUCUAGAGCAAACUUAGGUUCUGACUCCUAGCGUCAUUGUUAUUGUGACCCUAAAAUCUGUCGUUGGCUGCAGUAAUUUUGCCUAUAUUAUUAUUAUUAUUAUUAUUAUUAUUGUUAUUAUUAUUAUUAUUAUUAUUAUUAUUAUUAUUAUUAUUAUUAUUAUUAUUUUAAUUUUUUAAUUUUUUUAAAAAAUUCUGAACGAGAAACAUUUUAAAAAGCUGUAAGGAGAGGCUCACCACAGCUAGUCUGUAUUCACGGUUUUUCUAUUUAUUCAUUUUCAUAUGCUCAAUUACUGGUACUAGAGUAAAACUUAGGGUAGGCUGAUGUGACAAGCUCCAUUAUAAUAGUAUUAGCUAUUGGAUUUGGGAAUAAGACAUUUUUAACAUCCUUAAAAUCAGACUAACAGUUAUGAGAAACACCCAAACAAAUCCGGUAAAAAACAAUAUUAUAGUGAGAUGUACUAAAGCUGCAGACAAUUACGACAGUUACAACUGCAUCAAUUUGUUAAGAACUUUUGAAAGCAUGUUUUAAACAGUCAAUUGUUGCUGGCAAUUCCCAGUAUGCUUUUUCUCUUCAGCCACUAAUCCCUCCAGCUCAUUCUGAGCAUCUGUGGAGGUAGGGCCACGGAAAAUUCACGGUACUUUUUCAAGAAAUUCACGAAUGAC